UGUAAAACAAGAUGGCAGCCGCCAAUGAGAUGAAAUGGUACACGCGGUGCACGUGAUUAUUUUUGUACAAAAUGAAGUCGAGUAACAAGGCUACUGGCAUAACACCAGAAAUUCCCGUGCAUGACCUCAGAUCACAGCUAAACGCUCACAAUGACUAUGUUCUCGGACUUGUCGAUACUAUCCCUCCAAAAUGGUACUUCGAUCAAGACACGGUCCAGAAACUGACGGAAGAACUACACGAAAGAGUGGAUGCCAAAGUGAACAGUAGGGGCUCGAAGAAGUUCCAGAAGCUUGCUGUUCAUGGGAAAAGCAAGCUGGCACGUCUCGAUCCUUCAACGUUUAAGACCGUUAGCCAAAUCCUAAACGACCAAGCUCUUACGCAGACACCGAAGAAUCGCAAGAAAAGAAGGCAACGUAAAAACUCCAAACCAACGUUGUACUCAGCUGCAUUAGAUCGUGCUUCCAACUUAGAUGAGUUGAAAGAAAGGCUAACUGAAAAGAUCGAAGCCUUAAAGGGGAACCGCAAGGUCCCCGGUAUCUCCCGUCAGGAGAAGAAGGCGAAAGAAUUGGAAAAGUCAAAGGCAGCAAAGAAGAGGAAACGAAACAAGGCGAGCAAAGGAAGCCUUGAUGCCGCGGCUGCCGACGCGAAUGGCGAACAAGAAGCGGGUGCCCCGGAAAAGAAAGUCCCCAAGACAAUCCCGGUCUACAACAAGGAAGGAAAAAUGGUCUUCAGCAAAUUCGACUUGGCCGAAACUGACGUUUCGACGCACGAGAGGAAGCCCGCUGCCAAGGUGGCCAAGCAGCCAAAACGGUUGCUGAAGAAGUUGGACGUGGAGGCGGAGAAGCUGAAGAAGCUUGAAGAGAAGAAUCCUGAGCAGGCGAAGGAGGUCAAGCAGAAAAAGCUGUGGCUCAAAGCAAUCGACAAGGCAGAAGGCAUAAAGGUGAAGGAUAACCCUGAGCUUCUGAAGAAAACUAUGAAGCGUAAAGACAAGCAGAAGAAACAGAGCCGGAAGAAGUGGAAAGCGCGCACGGAGACAGUGGAGAAGAGACAGAAGGAUCGUCAGGAGAAGCGUCAGAAGAAUAUCAAGGAUCGCAAAAAGUCAAAGCUGCAAGGAAAGCUGAAAAAGUUGAAGAAGCGAGGGCGUGUCAUACCUGGGUUUUGAAUUGACCAACCAGUGUUGAGAGGAAUGACUGGUGUUGCUAACAUUCAUCAUGCUGUACAUAGCAAAUACCUGACUCAUGAAAAGUAAAGGUCAUCUCUUGUA